AGCUGGCAGGCUGGGGGGGCAGGCUGGGGCGGGCGGCGCACGGUGCCCGGCCGCGGGGCCAUGGGCUGCUGUCAAGACAAGGACUUGCAGACUUCAGAUGAGCGGGCCAAGGACUUGUCAACGGAAGGACAAGAAGGUGGGCCCCUGGAUCGGGAGAGGAGGGUGCUGAAGGGACUGCCCUGGAGUUUGGAUUUGGGAGGCAAGGCUGAGUUCAGCAGCCUCCUAACCCUCACAGGCGCUGAAGACUCUACAGUCCACCCGAGCCGCAGGUCCAACGACAGCCUUCUGAUCACUGUGCUGUGGCGCCGGAUAUCCAUGUUCAGCCGUCGGGGCUCGUCGCGGUCAGCAAAGAGGCACUCGGACCAGGUUCCAAAGCUGGAGGAAAUCCGUGGGAGCAAAAAUGAGGUUCUGUAG